UCUCAAAUAAGAGAAAAAUAGUCCCCAUAUGGUUCUUGUUCUCGACGAUGAUGUGAGAAUGGGCAUUGCUACGAUACGGAAGUUCGUCGGAGCUCUCGAUCGACGCCUUUGGUGGAAAUCGUGACGAGAAGAAGAGGUGGUGCAGCGCGAAGGAGAAGAGGCGACGCGUAUGUUUAAAUUCCGGCUGUUACAGCAGCAUAAAGAGGUUCUUAUUUUCUUCCAUUAUUAAUCCCGCAUUCUACUAACACCUCUCCAAUAAAAAAACCUCCCAACCACCGGUCUCAACCCUAGCAAAAACGUCUUCAGCCUAAUUCGAAACUCCUCCUCUUGCAGCAGAGGCGCUGCCAACCUUAAGCCCUAGCCGAUCUUGCCAGAAUCAAAAGCUAGCUAUCACUAUGCCAAGUGUCUGUUUCAAUGUUUUAGCCUGAUAUGUAGCUCUUGGUUGGCGACUGGAUAACAUCGGGCAAAGCACGCUAGGAUAUCGCUUGGCAUUAGAGAGAUUCGCGCUUCAGCACUGGCUCUCGCGAGUUCCCUCGUUCAUUCCGUCCCAGAGCAAAAGUCGAAGGCCCCCCACCUCUCUCGUCUCUCUUCCGAUCCGCAUACAGGCGAAACCCCUUCUCUCUCGUCUCUCUUGCCCGAGCGAACCCAGGAGGAAGUCGAAAACCCCUCCGCCUCCCCCUCUCGUUUUCUCUCUGGUUGGCACGCAUCAGAGCCGAUCCACCCCUUGCGUCUUCCUCUCUCUCGAGUGAGAAGCCGCCCAGACAGAAGCCCGAACACGCCCCUGCCCUAGCCGACCGGCUUCCUCUUAGCUACAGGAAGGCUAGUAUUUUGGGGUAUCUGUGCAAAUCAAUAGUCAUGAGUGAGACAGAGAACUCCAAUCAACGACAGGAUGAAGGGGAACGUUCAACUCCAAGACUUUUAGGAACUGGAAAUUGGGGUGCAGCUACUGUCAUGGGGGUACUUGCUGGCAUACUUUAUGGAGGAAGCAAAGAGGCAGCUGCAUCUGUUAGCAAGGAUGCAGAAGUCAUGCUAAAGCUUGGAAGUACAACAGAUAAGCGUGAGCAGUACCAGUUGAUGAGAGAUGCAAUGGAGAAAAGGUUCAUUCAAGUUGCUCGUGGUUCUAUAGUUGGUGGUGUUCGCCUUGGCAUUUUUACUGCGACAUUCUAUGGUUUACUUAACCUUCUUGCCGAUAGUCGUGGAGUUCAUGAUGCAUUUAAUGUUGCUGGAGCUGGUUCAGCCACAGCUGCUAUGUUUGGCCUGAUAUUGCCAGGUUCCUUAAAAUGGCGUGCUAGGAAUGUCUUGCUUGGCUCUACACUUGGAGCAGGAAUUUGUUUUCCUCUUGGAUGGCUUCAUAUUAAGCUUGUUGAGAAGGCAAAUGAACAGAUCCUACGGUCUGAUAGGACUGGGGAAACGAACACAAGUGCUGUUGGCGCUGCAAUAGAGAGACUUGAAAGAAGUCUAAAGAAAUGAAGUAUUAUCUUAUCAAACUGCUGCAUUUUAUUGUUUUCACAUUUUAACAAAUGUGAGCGUGAAAACGUAUUAUUGUGGCAAAUGCUGGAAAUUUAUACUAUUUUUGGGCCAAAAUGAGUAGUUUGUUUUCAUAUAGUAAUUUGUACUUUGAUUGUCAUGUAUGCUGAUAUUUCAUUAAUUGCAUAGGGUUAAUUGGUCUAUGUUGUUCAA